AUGGGUCUCACAAAUUCCAAAUCAAAUAAUAAUACUUAUAAAAAAGUUUCGUUUGAUAUAAGCACGAAAAAAGAGCUUUUUAAGUACGCGAAUGGACGAAGGUUUCAUAAUGAUGAAAAUUCUAAAUACUUUUUACCAAAUGAUGAUGAAGAAGGCAAUUAUUCGUCUCCUGUUAGUGACUUACUAGAUCGGGGUGGUGCCAAAGUUCUAGAUACUGAUUAUCCAAGAGUUUCAUUUACUGGCAUAGACAUAUCCCCAAUCUAUCCUUCUGAAAUAAAACCUUGCAAUUUAACAUUUCGUACUGCAAAUAUAUUAGAAGGAUUACCAUUCCCUGAUAAUUAUUUUGAUUUUGUAUAUAUGAGAUUCCUAUUAACUGCUUUCACCGAAGACGAAUGGCAAAAUAAAGUUAUUCAAGAAUUAUGUAGAGUUGUUAAACCGGGUGGUUAUCUUGAAAUUAUGGAAGGUGAUAUGGUACUUAAUCCGGAAGAAAGAUUAUGUCCGGUGGGUACUUGGGCUGGUCGUGUCGGUGAAGGCAUAUGUCAAGAUUUUUGCUCUACUCUAUACACGUUACGUUGCGUUCUUAGUGACGUAUUGGAAUCUGAAGGUAUUAUUGGGGAAAAAGGUGAAAAAUUGGUUUAUGAUGAUUUGGUAAAAGGGUUUGUUGAUGAGGUGUGA